GCUAGUAAGUGACUGAUAGUAUUCUAGACUGGACUGGUCCCUGAAUACAGAGACUGAGUUGCAGUUGAGUGAAAAAUAGACUACGAGAUCUUGAAGAACUGCACUGAGGUGCAAGCCAGACUUAACACUCAAGUGUUGGUUGAACUGAGAAGUUGUUGAAGGAAACCUGUGACAGGACUGAUUGUUGCUUACUGCCUUUCUCUCUCUCUGUCAUUGUUGCCUUUUGCUGUUACAUUGCUUUGUGUUGUCUUUCUAAGCCAAGAUGUUCUCUGAUAAUUCGCACUGCCCUGAUUGUGGGCAGCAGUGGUUCCCUAGUUUAGAACUAGGGCAUUGGUUAUACCAAACUGAACUCGUUGAGAAUGAAUGUUACCAAGUGUUCUUAGACCGUAUUAACAGAGCUGAUUAUUGCCCUGAAUGUUAUCCUGACAAUCCUGCUAAUAGAAGCCUUGUUCUGCCUUGGUCUUUCCCACUUGAGUGGGCACCUCAAAAUCUGAGCCGGUGGACCUUUGAGAAAGCUUGCCAUCCAUUUCUUCUGGGUCCUCCACUGGUUAGAAAGAAGAUACAUGACUCCAGACUAGCUGGUUUUAAUCCUGCAUUACAUUUAGUCUUGUCCAGAACAGACAAAACCUUAAACAAGAAACUUGGCCAAAGCAAGUGACUUCUGUAACAGAAUCAUGGAGAUUCUCAAGGGCUUCGUGUUCAUAGCCUAGGGGAAGAUGAAUAAUAACUUGUUUCUGUUUUCUUUCUCUUUUUCUUAUUUUUUUAAGGUGCUGGGGAUGAAUCUGAGUGCCCUGUGCAUGCUAGACAAGUGCUCUUCCACUGAGUUAAGACUGAGUCCUCCCUUCCCUUUCUAAAUCUCAGACUGUCACUUUGUCAACUGCUUAAAUUUUUGGGUCUGCUUCUGUGGCCUAUGAAUUUCUUUUUAGCAUAAAUUUAAUCAAUAUUUACCUAGAAUCAGACUAACCUAUGGUCCCUAUAAAUGCUUUGGGAACUAGAUGGCUUCCUGAAAAUUGCCACAGCCUAGGUAUUGACAAGAUAAUGUGGUCCUGGAGCGUGGAGGCCCCACGUUGUAUGCCCCAUUAACUUUUUCUAACAGCACCUUUUAUGAGAACACGUUCUUGUAGCUGGAUUCUAGGUUAUUCUAAUAAAUUUUAAUAUACUACGUUGUUCUAAUUUUUUCUUUAUACAUUGAUCAGUAACGAGAGAUACGUGUAUAUGUAUAUGUUAAAUUUUUUUUUACAUAUAUAAAAUCAUUCUUCUUUGACACUGUUUUAUCCUCAGUGUGUUAACAGUGUUGGUAACUGGUCCUGUCACAUUCUAUUUGGCAAGACCUACUACGUAAGUUACAAAAAAAUGUGUUGAGAAUGUGUCCAGUUUACCCUUAGCUGGCUCUACGUAACCAAAGACUGUCCUGUCUUGUGGUUACUGAACUAAUGUCCUCCCAUGGAAAUGGGAAGUUAACCUGUGCUGUGAAAUUCGUAGCACAUGACAAAGCUUGACUCCAUAUAAUUUAAGAAUAGUCUAAUGGAUGCUUUGUCUUAGACAUAAGAGAAUAUGUCACUGAACAUUGGCCACAUUCCGGAGUUCUGUUCUUGGGAAUCAUGGAAUCAGAUUUGGAGUUAAGCAACUUAAAAAAAGCUCCUGGGAACAUCUGAGAAGCCACUGAACAAUUUUUAAAUCUAGGUCAUCCAGUGCCUGUGUAGCAGCAGAAAUGUCAAGGACCUGUGUUGUUCUGUUUCCUUCCCUGAGGUCUUUAUGGUUGCUCUUUGUUCUCAUAAUUGUUUUUAAAUGAGUUCAGUAUGGCUUAUUGUAUCAGACAUUUUAAUCUCAGCCAGAAGCUGGAAGCAGGGGCCACAUGGCUUUCUUUCUUACUAGUCUUACUUUGGAAAUAAAAUCUUUCUAAAAUGUC